AUGACGGGCCCCGGCAUGAUGGGCGGCCCCGGCAUGAUGGGCGGCGGGAUGAUGGGCUACGGCGGUGGCUACGGCGGCGGCGGUGGUGGCGGCGGGGUUGGCAAGUUCCUAGCCGGCCUGGCCGGCGGCACGCUGCUUGGCAACGUGAUGGGUUCUCACGGCGGCAUGCACAUGCCCCAUCUCGGCCCUGGCGGUGGUCCGGCCGAUGGUGGCGCCGCCGGGCCCUGGCCCGACGUGGACAUGCCCGAGGUCUCCGACCCGAUGAACGCCUUUGACGACGGCAAUGGUCCCGCGGGAGGCGGCGCAGGAGGCAGCGUCUUGGACAUGUUCGGUGGAGGAGGAGGGGGGGGCGGUUUCCUCGGAGGCGGAGGCGGCGGAGGAGGCCUCCUAGAUAUGUUCGGCGGCGGAGGAGGAGGAGGAGGAGGAGGAGGGAACUUGCUUUCGGGUGCCAUGGGGGGAGGAGGUGGCGCUCUCGGUGGCCUUUUGUGA